AUGCCCAACGACUCAUCCCAAAGCAUCGAGCUUCCCCGGAGCUUCCUUCUGGAUGUCUUCCGUCUCCACCUCUCCCUCAUUCACGUUGGAAAUUCCGAGAUGAUGACUCCCCCGCCUGAUGUCGUCCGGUGGUCGCAAGACGAGGCCCUCAUUGUCCACUGCGCUCAGUGGCCUGUUCCACCGCCGAAUGAUCCCAAGCUCGUACCGUUGCUCCAGAGCGCCCGCUGCGCUGUGGUGAACGUGCUGCGCACGGACGACGUCAGAUCUCAUGAUGCGGCCUUUUGGCUUACCCUUCUUUCAUUCCUGCCUCCCCCCGUUGCGAUACGCGUCUUUUCGUACGCUCCAAAAUCCCUCAGUGUACAGAUCCCCCUUCCUCUUGUGGUCGAUGCGGUGCCAUGCUUGGUGACGACUUUGAGCAUCAUCUCCAGGAAGCCUCUCACUGGUGUGACACUUGGUGACCUCGUCGCUCAGCUGCCCCAGACAUUGAAGGUAUUAAGCCUAGUGAACUCGGUUACCAUCCCCGCGGAUGUUGUCGUAGGUCUUGGACACGGCCGGAUUCCUAUCCGCGAAAGUAGCCCGAGUGUUGAGAAGAUCUAUAUCGAAGACGAUAUUAGCACGAUCAAUGCCUUUUUCAACCUCAUCGACGUUCCUUUCAACACCCGCCUUCAUGCUCGCCGCUACCCCUGCUCUACGUACACGAGCGCGCCGGAGGGCCCCGGCUCCCUGCUUUCGAUGGUGUGCAGUACCGCAAAUGGACGCUGGCAAUCCCAUCCUUUCGCUAUUUCCUCUUCUCAGGCCGAGUUGUCCCUCCGACAGCUACGAACUGCCGAAGGGUAUGGGCUGGUAGUCUCCUGGGGACGGCGCUCGUCAUCCUCAACGGGAGGGAAAACAGAACUUCAGUUUUUGAUUGAAGACAGCUCGUACGCCUCUGAGGCCUCCGCGUUCAGCGCACUUAUCGCUUGUACGGGUGUCCUUCCUUAUGACGAUUUUCCUGUCGUUCAUGUCGAUGGGUUUGACACGCGCUCAGCUCGCGUGCAGCGCCGUUUUUGGUCGCUCUUCACCUCAAGAAGUCGGAUGGUCCGCCUCAGUGUUCGUGGCUGUAACUCCCAGGGGUCCAUCGCGGCACUCGAACGUGGGUUACAAGAUGAUGUCAAUUCUCCAUUGAACUCGCUUGUUGCGGACCGAGCAAAUCCGCGGAGCUGUCCCCAGCCUGACAGCCGGUUGUCCGCUCUGUUUUCGCGCGUUUGGGACCGGCCUUCUCUCCCUAUAGCCAUGUAUCCUUCAGCACAGGUGUACGCGAACUACUUCGCGCCUUUGCUAGACGAGCUUUGUAUUGAUGAAGCUAUCACUUCCGACAUCCAUGACGGGGAGAGUGAGCUGAGAGCAGCACUUUGCUUGAGAGAAAGACAUCGCAUGCUCGUACAUACUCUUAAACAGAUAGUAGACUAA